GCGCAGCCACAGGGGGAUACGAUUCAGUCCGCAACGAAAGCAGUACAUAACCACCGAAAAACAACCGCAGUGCAACAGCAGUGGAAUCUGCGCGGAAACAGUAGUCAGUUUGCUUCGUUCACCAUUCCGGGAAAAAUAGAAAAGAUAGCGGUUCCACCGUCAGUUGGGUUGCGGAGUGCAUAUCCUACUGCUGGUGCUUCGCCAACCUUCAAGACGGAAGACCCGAGGCAAACGGGGACAGAGUCUCGCGCCACGGGGAGGGAAAAUCCAGUCCCCCCCGCUAGCCGACGCUGGGUCCCUCCAUCCCUGAGACCGCAACAUGGACUCACUGAAGAGGCCAGAAUUGAUUCGAUUUUUCGAAAAGUUCGCGGUAUUCUAAACAAACUUACACCAGAAAAAUUUCAGAAACUUAGUGAUGAAUUGCUUAAACUAGAUCUUAACUCGUCGAAAAUUUUGAAUGGUGUUAUCCUGCUGAUCUUCGACAAAGCUUUAGAUGAACCGAAAUAUUCGUCUAUGUAUGCGCAGUUGUGCAAGCGCAUUGAGAAAGAGCUAGAAACCGACAUCGAUAAGAACAAAUCGAGCACUUUUCUGCAGAUUUUGCUGAACGUUUGUCGCGAUAAGUUUGAAAAUCGCGUACAAUACAGUGAGAAGAUUAUCAAUUCUGAAAGCACACUCACCGAUGAUUUGGAGGAAAAGAAAAAUGUCGCUAAACAGAAAAUACUGGGCAACGUUAAGUUCAUUGGCGAGCUAUACAAACUCGACAUGCUGGCCGAACCGCAUUUACACAAGAUGCUCCGCUCGCUGUUCACCAACAAGUCAAGCUCGUCGACGGAGAAGAACUGCGAGGACAUGGAAUGUUUGGCCCAGCUCAUUCGGACAUGUGGAAAGAAUCUGGAUACAGAGUUGGGAAAACAGCUGAUGGAUCAGUACUUCGAUAGGAUGGAACAGUACUCGCUGUCGUCGAAGUUUCCACCGCGUAUCCGGUUUAUGCUACGCGAUCUAAUCGAGUUGCGCAAAAACAACUGGACUCCCCGUAAGGUGGCCCUGGUCGAGGGUCCGGCCCCGAUACAGGAGUUGAAUCAUGACGACGACGUGCUUCCACCAGGACUUAACCACCUGCGCAACCGCGAUCGGGAUUAUCGUAAUAACGAUCGUAGCGAGCAGCGCGACUGGAUUAGCAAAUUUACGUUGAAUCUGCAGCAUCUCAACGAUGGCUUCAAUUUGCUGGGUGUUUCGAGUCCUUCCCCGUUACUUCCUAGCUAUAAUCAAUCGUCGAAUGGUUAUGGAAACCGAGAUCAUCGAGACAAUGGUGGCGGUGGAGGUGGUGGAGGUGGAAACUACCGUAUGCAUAAUAAUCGCACCAACCAGAACAAUUAUGGCAACAACAUGCGUUACAACAAGCACAGCAAUAACCAUCACCAUCAUCAAGGCGGUGGUGGUGGAGGUAGCGGUGGUUCUAUCCGAGAUAGUAGCAGUGGAUCCCACAACUCUCCGUACGGCAACUCCAACAUGAUGAACAACAAGGAUUUGGCUCCACGCUUCAAACGCAAUCUGAUGACUCCGCCACAAAAUCCAGUUGAAGAGUUACAAAUGCGUCCAACACCCAACAGCUUACUGUUUAAGGCAAAUAUGAACAUAAAAACACAGCUGCCCAUUUCUUCUCCGAUGGGAGUUGGCGGUGUUGGUGGCGGUAGCAAAAUUACUUACAAUUCCCAAUCUGUGAACGAGUUUUCAUCGCCUCUGACCACUCGUACAUUACUGAGCGAACAGCGUAAUGCUAGCCAGAUCAACAGUAGUGCCUUUUCGGGAGGCAGCAACGCAGGAUCUAGCUUCGAUGGUUCUGGGGUCUCUGGCAGCUCUUCAAUGCCCAACUCUGUUGCUAAUAAUAGUCAAAUUAACAACAGUGCAGUAGGAAACAACUCCAACGUGAUGAGUUCUGGUCGUAGUGCAGGAGGAAUAUCGAAUGUAAAUCAGAACGCAUCAUCCAUCACGAUGGGCCAUCAUCAUCACCACCAGCAGCAGCAACACGUGUCCCAUGGAAUCAAUCCUCGAUCGAUAGCAGGUACUGGAAUGAAUACCAAUUAUCAUCAUAAUAAUCAGCUUCAGCAUAAUCAAAAACAUCAAUAUCAUCACGAAGACUCUCAGCAACAUUAUUACACCCAACAACACGAACAUCAUGGAGGUCAUCAACAGCAACGAGGGCACGGCGUAAUAAAUGGCGGUAGCGAGAGAUCACUCAUGCCACACGAUGGGCAUUCGCAUAACAAUCGGCACUACGAUAGCCAAGCACAUUCGUCGACCACAUCGAAUGUUAUGUCUACAACCGGCCCGAAUACUCCUGCUUCACCUGCAAACAACUUGGUACAGAACGAGCAAAUGAUUAUUAAGCAGGCAUCUUCAGAGAAGCUCGAGAAGAAAAACAAAAAAGAUAAGGGACCGGGUAAGGACGAAUACCUAGUGCGGGUUGCGGCAUUUGUGAGUGAUGUAUUGCUGGAGAACAUAAAACAACAAAUCGCUGAGGAUGAACAACAACAUAACAUUAAUGAAAUAGGAAGUUCAAAAGAGCCUGCUUCCAAUAAUGAAAAAAAUAAAGCGGUGCAAGAGAUUGUUAUAGAGGUGGUCGAUAAGCAGUCGAAUGAUAAGCCCCCCACUACAACUGAACAGGAGGAGGGUUCUGAGGAUGAAAAGAGGGAAAGUUUAUCCGAAACUACUUCUUCGCACCCUGACAGCUCCUCUUUUAUCGAUACAGCUAAACAAGAAACGGGGCUUGACUCACAAGAGACCCGGGAUUUUAAAACACAACAGUUUGAGGCAAAUGAAACGACUGCUGGAGAGCUUGGAAUGGAAGAAAAAGUUGACGUUGGUUCGGAGACCAACAAAGAGACAAAUGCAGUUCUAUUCGUCGACCAAGAACAGAUCAAAGAAAACAUAAUUGAACAAUCUCCUCCGGUGCAAGAGAAAGGCCCUUCAGAGGAAGAAUGUCGCAAACUGUCAUUGAUGGAGGAGUUAGUAGACGCAUUUAGUGCGCUGAAAAUUCCGGAAAAGUUUAUGCGGGAUGCGAUUAUCAAAAUUCUGAAUGAAGUUCUCGACCGUAAUGAACCUUUCCAUACGAAGACGAUCGAGUUUCUGCAGGUGUUGCGUAAGGAGGCAAAGCUGUCCAACAGUGCUGUUCUCGAAGCCUUCAAGUCGGUGGUGAACGGAAUUAGUGAAAAAGAAAAAACUAUUCCUAAGAUCACUACUAUCAUAGCAUCACUGCUGGCCCGUGCGGUAUCCGUUAAUCUUUGCAAACUAACAGACAUUUCGAGCUACACGGACAAUGGACAACACUAUCCACUCUUCUUGCUCGUCCUGCAGCAUCUACACAAACAGCUCGGCAAACCGGUGUUACAGGAGAUGUUUAACAAGAGCAAGGUUAAUUUGAUGACCAGUUUGCCUGAGUGUGAUCGCAAUAAAGAACGUAUGGCCGAGAUACUGGAGGAUCGCAAUCUUAGCUUCAUAUACCCGUUGUUACGCGUGCAGUCCGAGCUGUGGAAGCAGAUUCUGUUGGACGACAACCCACAACAUUUCUACAAGUGGAUCAAGGAAAAUGUCGAAGCGAUUUGUUAUACGGAUCCUGGAUUCAUCACGGCCGUUAUGACGGUGCUGCUGAAGUACAUCAGUCAGGAAUCAAGCAAACUGGAGGAGGAAAGAAAGCGAGUCGAAAAAGAAAAGGAAAUUUUCACCAAGUACUGCCCCGUGCUGCAUGCUUUCCUGCACAGCAAUAUUGAUCUACAACUGAUCGCUAUAUACGCAAUUCAAGUUUACUGGUAUGACAUCGGCUAUCCCAAAGGAGUCCUGUUGCGUUGGUUCCAAGAGAUGUACGAAAUGAGUGUUAUCGAAGAGGAUGCUUUUCUGCGGUACAAGGAAGAUGUCACUGAUACAUACCCAGGCAAAGGCAAAGCACUAUUCCAGGUCAAUCAGUGGCUUACAUGGCUGGCCGAAGCAGAAGAUGAAGACGACGAAGAGGAAGAUUAAUUUGCUAAUAUAGAAGAGAUAUGAAUGGUACAAGCGUUAGUAGCAAGUCAAAUCAAGUGUGAAUUAAAUCAACGCUGCUCUCCUUUGCUAAUUUUUCUAUUGAGAUAGACUAUUUUGACUUUGAGUAGUUUUAUGUCAUGCUACUUUUAUGAUUUACUAAGAUAACUGGGAGGACGUUUUUUGAUAAAUGAUGUAAGCCAAAAGCAGCGUUUUGGGGCAUCUUUCGAUUACCGGUGUUUUAGUUUGGCAGUCAGACGAUUUUUAAGGCGAAACAUUAACGAUGGUGAGGAUUUAAACCGUAUCACUUAAAAGAUUUUAUUUUAUUUUCUUCUGCCCUCUAAUGGACAGCAACAGGAUUAUGUAGAUUGCGAUAUUUUAUUUUUUUCAUUUCCGCUCUGUAGAGAAUUUUGUUAUAUAGUACAUUUCGUGACGUAAUCUAAUUUGGAGCAAAUGGUACUCUUUUGAAUAUGGUAUAAACGCAUCUAGUACGACGAUUCA